UUAUUAAAAAAGGCUGGGUUGUACUUGCGAGCCCUCCAGCAUUACUCAGAGUUGCCUGAUAUCAAGCGUGCCAUUGUAAAUACCCAUGUCAUUGAACCACAGACACUUGUUGAGUUCUUUGGCACAUUGUCGAGAGUGGGCUUUGGAAUGCAUGAAAGACCUUCUACUGGUUAAUCUGAGGGGAAAUCUUCAGAUUGUUGUGCAGGCCGCGAAAGAACACUCUAAGCAGCUAGGGGUUGAUGCUUGCAUCAAAUUAUUUGAGCAAUUCAAAUCUUAUGAGGGCCUUUACUUUUUCUUGGGAUCCUAUCUGAGCUCCAGCGAGGACCCAGAUAUCCAUUUCAAGUAUGGAUUUGCUAGGAGUUUUUCCAACUGGCCUUGCAACUUCAACACCUGAGACAAAUACAUCUCA